CCAAAGUGUCAUUAUCUGUCAAUUAAAAAAGCUUAUCCCGUUCUAUCUCCAGGAAAAACUAAUUAAAAACUUGUAUUAUUAAAAUUAUUAGUGUAAAACUUUACAGUUUUCACGAAAAAGAAGCUGGUUGAAGCUCAUAUCGCUUUUUGUCAUGUAUUAAGAGGUCCAAGAGGGAAUUCUUGCAAACUUCUUCCUUCCAAUAUGUAACCCAUCAGUAAGACCUCCAAACCUUCAAAUUUCCCAUACGUAAAACAGAAGACUGAUAUAGAGAUAAAGAAAGAAUGAUAUUUUCAUGAAGUUAUAAGAGAAAACUGAAACACCAAGAUGACUCAACAAGGAGAUAAAAAGAAAUUUUAUUGUAGAGAAUGGGCCUUUCAAAAAUUAUCACACUGUUUGGAUCAACGCCCAAUAUCUAAAACAUGUGGGGCUUUACUUCUAGGCAGCGCAGGAUGUGGUAAAACAACUUUUUGUUCUGAAUUGUGUUGGCCUAGCCAAGGGCUAUCAGGAAGGCAACAGAGAGCGUUAAACAGAAGAUUACUUUGCUAUCAUUUUCUCCAAGGACACAAUGAAAAGAGCCUCUCAUUGAGUGAGUUUGUGAGGUCCUUAGUAACACAAAUAUUAAACCACUCUACUGAAAGCCACAAAGAAAGGAGCCUCAGGAAAAAAAUUUCAAGCGAUGGUAAAAGCGAAUAUAAUACUUCUUCCAGCACAAAAGAAACAGUGGGAACUGCAAGUAACAUUUUAUAUGAUCAUGUUGAAGAAAGUUUGUACAGUAAUGUGUUUCCCGAAACUGUGUUAUCUCCAAGUGUCGAAAGUAAGAAAUUCAUACCUACAACCCCAAAUUUACCACCUAAUCCGAGAACAGUAAUAGCUGAUGCCUACUUGGAGAAGCUGAAAUCAGAUAAUGAGAUCCAAAUUGCUUUAAGAGCAAAAAAUAUCGAAAUGAAUCCUGAUGAUUGUUUGAAGAGAGCACUUCUCUUUCCUCUACUUGAGAUUGAGCCUCCUAAAACUUCCCUUUUUAUAAUAAUAGAUUCAAUUGAUGAACACUCAUUUAAUUACUCUAACUCUACACUUACUAGGUGUAAACCAAGAGAAAGGACAUCACAGAGCAAAACAAUAGCAGAGUUACUUGCAAAUCAUCACCAUUUAUUUCCUCAAUGGCUGCUGUUAGUUUGUACAGCUAGAAAACAGUCCAAAAGCAUUGCAAAAAUGUUCACAGGCUUUAGAAAAUUGAGUCUAGAUGAUUUGAGAAAAAGUCAAGUUGUGAGAGAUGUACAACAGUAUAUUUUAUCUAGGUUGGAUCAAGAACAGAAUCUCAGACAACACAUAAGUAGGGAUACUGCAGAAAUGCUCAAUCAGUUACAUAUAAAAAGCAAUGGUUGUUUUUUGUAUUUGGAAAAGGUGCUAGAUGGUGUUUCUGACAAAUUCAUAAUCCUAAGAGAAGUCAGAGAAAUACCAGGAACACUAAAUGGUCUAUAUCUGUGGUUGUCUCAAAGAUUAUUCAACAGAAAACAGUUUGCAAAGGUUCAACCACUUUUAAAUGUAAUCUUAGCCGCAAAAUGUUCUUUAACAGAAUCCUUACUUUAUGACAUCAUUAAAGUAUAUAAUCCAAAAAUACAUACAGAAGAUUUCAAAAAAAGAUAUGAUUUACUGAAGAGAGUGCUUGUUGUCUCCAAAGCAGGGAAUAUAAGUUUGUUUCAUCAUUCAUUCGCAGAAUGGUUGCUCGAUAUAAAACACUGCACGCAGAAAUACCUGUGUAACAUCUUUCAUGGGCACUGCAUUCUUGCAAUGUACUACACACUUCAUGCAAAGUAUUUGAAUAACCAAGAAAUUUACGACUAUGCAUUUCAUCUGACUAGGAUGGAACAAUAUCUUUGUGAUCAGAACACUCAAAAAACUCAAAGUUUAUCCUAUAAACUUACCAGUGAAAAAAGUAAACAUUCUUCUAAUACUCACUCAAGUGACAAAACUGAACAUUAUCCGGAUCUUAAAAUGUCACCUCAAGAGUUGGCAAAAUUGCCAAUAAAAGAGACCAGUCUGAAUUCCACCCCAUUAGAAGGAAACCCACCCAAAGUCGAUAAUUCAGAUUUCAAUUUAGACCUUGAGUUGAAGAAGUUGGACAACUUUGAAAAUUUGAAUCUGAAGUCCCCUGUCCAAGAAAAGGAUAUUUAUGCUGAAGUCAAUAAAGUUAAAAAGGAAUCCAGAGGUUUCCUACAUCAGAAUAAUGAUUUGCCAACUGUUUUACCGCAGAAUUUUGAAACAGCUGUUGCAAAUGAAGUCAGCACCUCAAAGUCAAGUGUACAAGAUUCUAAAACACUUGACAUUCACACCCUUAUACAGCUCUGGUUGAUUCUAAGUGGUUGUAAUGUCGAAGAAUGUCUUUUGGAGGGUAAUGAAAUGGCAGGUGUAAACUUUGGUGCUUUCCUGCCCACAGAUCAGAAAGUUUUGAAACUUUUAUUGGAAGCAGGAGCGGUUGAACAAACUGAUGUUGAAGGUUGUGAUUAUCAAAGUCAGAUAUCUUUAGCGUCCACAUCUUCUGAAGUAAGCCCUGAUCCCCUGUUCAAUCUCCAUGAAAUGCACGGUCAGGCAGCAUUACAUGUAGCUGCUAGAUUAGGUCAAACAGAAGUUGUAAAGGUUUUACUAGAAGCUGGUGCCAGCGUCGAUGACGCCGACAUUGACGGUUGGACUCCGUUAAGAGCUGCUGCUUGGGGAGGUCACACAGAGGUUGUAGAACUUUUGGUAAAACAUGGCUGUACAUUGGACAGUGUAGAUGCUGAAAAUCGUACAGCAUUAAGAGCAGCAGCUUGGUCAGGUCACGAAGAAAUUGUGAAGAUUCUCCUGCAGAAUGGUGCCCAAGUAAAUUCAACAGAUCACGAAGGAAGAACGGCAUUAAUAGCUGCUGCUUACAUGGGUCAUAACGAGAUAGUCGAUCAUCUGUUAGAUUAUGGUGCUGAUAUCAAUCAUGCAGAUGCGGAUGGUAGAACAGCGUUGAGUGUAGCUGCUCUAUGUGCUCCUAGAUCACCUGGUGUUAAUGUGGUUUCAACACUUUUAGAGAGGGGAGCUUUUGUUGACCAUGAAGAUAAAGAAGGGAUGACCCCACUACUUGUUGCUUCAUUUGAAGGUCAUAGGGAUGUAUGUGAGAUUCUUCUAGAAAACGAAGCAGAUGUAGAUCAUACAGAUCACAGUGGCAGGAGUCCCUUAUGGGCUGCUGCCAGCAUGGGACACGCUCCUGUUGUUGCACUUCUCUUAUUUUGGGGGUGUUGUAUAGAUUCCAUGGAUUCUGAAGGUCGAACUGUUCUGUCUGUAGCUGCUGCACAAGGUUGUGUGGAAGUUGUGAAACAGCUUCUAGAUAGAGGGCUGGAUGAACAACACAGGGAUAAUUCUGGUUGGACCCCACUUCAUUAUGCUGCAUUUGAAGGUCACCAAGAUGUUUGUGAGACUCUUUUAGAAGCUGGAGCUAGAAUAGAUGAGACAGAUAAUGAGGGAAAAGCUGCCUUAGUUCUUGCCGCACAAGGAGGACAUACUUCACUUGUUAGCUUAUUUUUAGAUAAAUAUUGUGCUCCAGUCGAUCAAAGGCCACAUGAUGGAAAGUCUGCUUUGAGAUUAGCUGCUUUGGAAGGGCAUUACGACAUUGUACAGAUUUUACUUCAGAAUGGAGCAGACAUAGAUGCCAAAGAUGCAGACGGUAGAAGUACUCUUUAUGUUUUAUCAUUAGAUGAUCGAUUGGCCAUGUGUAAAUAUUUCAUUCAACAAGGGGCUGACGUAGAGACUAGAGAUCUAGAAGGAAGAACACCUCUUCAUGUUUCAUCAUGGCAAGGUCAUUUAGAGAUGGUCAAUCUUUUAUUGAAGUAUGGUAAGGUACAAGUAGACGCCUGUGAUUUAGAAAAUAGGACUGCUCUUCAUUCUGCCAGCUGGCAAGGUCAUAGUGAGAUUGUCAAGCUGCUUUUAGAAAAUGGUGCCAUACCUGAUCAUACUUGUAAUCAAGGAGCGACUGCAUUAGGAAUAGCAGCUCAGGAAGGUCAUGAGGCAUGUGUCGUAGCGCUUUUAGAACACGGCGCCGACCCUAAUCAUUCAGACGCAUGCGGAAGAAACGCUUUGAGAGUCGCUGCUAAAUCUGGUCAUAGAGGUGUAGUAAGAUUGCUCGAAGAAUACAGUUCUAGGUCUCAUAAGGUAGCUCACACAAGCAGUAGUGCUAAUUCCAUUACGUCAGCGUCCACAGCAGAAACAAAGCCCUCUUGUGCCAUAUUGUAUCCUAAUUCAAACGAUUGGCCUGAUCAACAAAGGAGAUCGAUGAUUUCUCUAGGAAACCACAGUUCUAAUUCUAAAUCGAGCUCUAAUCUUACAAAUUCUAGUCAUUCAAGUAGACAUGGAGAAUGCUCAAGAGAAAAUACUCAAAACGCGCAGCCUUUAUCAUUUACACAAAAGCUCCAACAAUGUUCUAGGGGUGCCAAAACUAGACCGUUGAGCAAAGUACUGUCUCCCUUACAGAGUGAACCUCAAAGUCCUAUAUAUGCAUCGCCUCCAUUGAGUCCUGUUCAUGAUACACCCAACAUUUUUGGUGCAAUGAACAUCUAUCAGCCUGUUUUGAGACAUAAUUUUGCUAAGGCCCCAGAUACACAUUUUGCAAGGGACACACACAUGCGAAUAAUAUUAGGAAAUUCUAGUUCUUCACCAAGUAAUAAAAACGACAAGAAAAAUGAAGAAGAUAGUUCAAAGAAUAAGAGGUUUGACUUUAUCAAUUUCUUUAAUCAAAAACCAAAAAGAAAUGGUAUAGUUACGAAUCCUGCCUUGAGAUUGGUAGCAAAUGUAAAGAAUGGUUUAGAUUCUGCUGCUGCUAACCUUAGAAAGUCAACUUCUUCUGCAAAUCCGGCCUCGAAAACAAACAGUUUUCAUUGGAGAAGGGAAACGCCACUCUAAGGAGGUUGAAAAUGUCAAAAUACUAGUCAAUUCAAUGGUUUUCUGAAAAUUCAGCCUCAUAGUUCACGCUACUCACAACUAGUCCGUUAUCAAAGAUUUUCUUAGUUAUAAGUUUAUUACGAUUAAGGAAUCGUUCCGAUUUUGUUGUAACUUGGCCUAAUUUUCAUUUAGAGUAUUUUAGUUAUAAUCUAAGAAAUAAUGUAUAUUUUGUGAUAAUUUUUUUUUUCAAUUUAGGUGAUAAUUCUAAAAUGCUUUAUUUAACAUAAAUAAUUGGUACUGACUGACCCAGUAAGAAAAUUCACAUUCUGAACAAAUAAUAAUUAGGUUAAUCUAUAAAAGUUGAAAGAUAGUAUAUAAAUAUUUUUUACUUCAAAAAGCACCGUAAAUCUUGACGAUUAAAAAAAUUAUUUAUUUUCUGUUAUUUUAAUUUAAUAAAUUCAUAUUUGAUUUUAUAUUUUCUUGAAACUGUGAUUAAGGCUUAAACUGAAAACUAACUGGAAUAAUGUUUUAUUACUUUUCUUGUCUUAUUUACGGUAUUAAUUUCAGAAUUUCUCAAUGAUUAUUCAAUUCAAUAUAAUUGGAUACAUUUUAAGCAAUAAAGACUUAAAAUAUCACUGACUGAUAAUAAUAUGUGUAUAAGACAUGAUGAGAUAUUGGAGGAGAAUGAUUCUUUAAAAUAAUGUUUUUCAUGAAAAAAAUAAUAAUUGGCACUAUUAGGUUUUAUAUAACAAAUAUGAUUAUCAUUUCUUUAUUUCUUUAUGUGUAUGUCUUGAAAAUUUUGAUGAAAUAGGAAAUGUUGAAGUUAAAAUAUCAAAUACAUUUUUUUUCAUGAAAAACAUAAAUCCCACAAAUACUGGAUCUCAAAAUGUGUGCGAAUAAUUCUUAAACCUCACCUAAUAUAUUUUUCCAAUUAUAUUUUUUAUAAUCCAAGCGAAUGUGCAUGUAACACAAAUUUUUAUUGUGUUCAUUUAUUUCCGAAUAAUUUAAACUUGUGUACUCUCUGUAUUAUUGUAACAAACUCUAGUUUUUAUACAGUUGAGAUAUGCACUGUAUAAUUAUGUUAAAACAGUAUUAAAUAAAAAAUAUUUGAAUAAA